AUGGGAAUUCUAGCAGACAAGAUGCUGGAUUAUAUGGUGUCUAAUAAGUACAUAGACAAGUCAGUUCAGAAGGGCUUUCUGAAGAAGACUCCUGGUUGUCUUGAACACACCCAAGUGCUUAUGGAAGAACUAAAAGACGCCAAAUCUACUAGACGUCAGAUAUUCGUUGUCUGGGUGGAUUUAAUGAAUGCAUAUGGCAGAGUCCCACACAACUUGAUCCUCUAUGCCCUCCGGCAUUACAAAUUCCCUGAAUGGCUCAUAGAUUACAUGUUUAAGUACUAUGAUGAACUGAUUGUAAGGGUGGUAACCAAAGACUGGAAGUCAAAUUGGUUCUACUACAUGUUAGGCCUCUUUCAAGGAGACCCUCUUUCAGUAGUGUUGUUCCUGAUUGUAUUCAACUUACUGUUAGAUCUUCUACAAGAUCAAAAAGAACUGGGUUAUAAGCCCUCCUUUAGCUCGCAACCUACAUCGUAUCGGGCUUUUGCAGAUGACCUAACACUUAUGUCCUCCAGACUAGAGAAGGUAAAGAAGCAGAUAGAGUUGAUGGAGCAGUUUUUGGAUUGGAGUAGGAAAAUGAAGGCCAAGCCUAGCAAGUGUGUCUCCCUGGGAAUGAAGGUGAUAGAUGGUACGUACCAGGCUUAUGACCCAGAGAUAUUGAUUGACGGCCAGAUAAUCAGCUAUGUAGGAAACAACCCGAUUAAGUUCCUGGGCCACUGGAUCUAUGUCGAUCUAGGGUUAAAUGACACUAAACAACGGAUUGAAGACAAACUAAAAACUCUGUUUCAGACAGUGGAUGAGUGUGGUCUCAACGGUGUCAUGAAGUGUUGGAUCUACAAUAACAUGCUGACUAGCAAGAUGUCCUGGGAUCUGAUGAUUUACAACCUUCCUGUAAGUUUUGUGUACGAACUGGAUGCUAUCUGCACCAGAUUCUUGAAGAAGUGGUUGGGUGUUACUAGAUCAAUUACUGUGACAGUCCUGUACAGGAGCAAGGAUUACUUCGGGCUAAACUUGAAGAAGCUGAGUGACUUAUACAAGUCUCUUCAGGUAUCAAAGGGACACGCCCUGAAGAACAGUGAUGACACCAAAGUUGUAGAAGCCUAUAAUAACAAGAGAGAGAAACAGGAGAACAGCCCGAGAUGGUCUUAUACAACGGAGCUGACGGCAAGAGAGCGAGAUCUUUACUUCCAGGAGUUGGUUGGAGUAGUGACUAAAGAUCGAGUAGGACUCGGAUGCAAACCAAAGUUGACUGAGAGGCAGAAGCUAAGGCAACUGGUAGAAUCGGUGUCAGAGAACGACAUGCUAGUCACCCUGGUAAACAAGGGAGUACAGGGCAAGUUCUUGACAUGGGAGAACACGAUGCAGUUAGACUUAGGAUGGAACAGCCUUAUCUACAACUACAAGAUGAGCCCGGCUCUCCUUAAAUUCCACCUAAACUCGACACACGACGUGGCUAAUACCCCUGCAAACAUGAAAUUGUGGAACUACUCGAGUACAGGAAAUUGUGCACUUUGUGGAUGGAAGACGUGCAACAUCAAGCAUAUCCUAGCCGUCUGCAGUGUAGCAAGAAACUCCAAAAGGUACAACUGGAGACAUGACAACGUCCUACGUGUUAUAGCCGGAGCCUUGCUUGACCAACUCAAGAUGUACAAUUCCUCAGGUUCCACGACCUCCGACAAAGAAUGGAUACGGUUCAAGUCGAAGGAUGGGAAGUAUGAACACCCAAAGCCAAGGUUGAGGAAGGAGAGGCCCUUUGAGAGAGCGAAAGACUGGAAGCUGAUAUGGGACGAGGAUACACUACCUGCCCAGUUCCCACAGCACAUCUACAACACAGCGGAGAGACCCGACAUUGUAGUAUGGUCGGAUAGUUUGAGAGAAGUAGUUCUGAUUGAACUGACUUGUGGUGACGAGAGUAACUUCAGUGACCAAGUAGCACGUAAAGAAGCACGCUACAACAGAGAGCUGAUUCCUGGCAUCGACGGGUGCGGUUGGAAAGCUCUGCUCUUUACGGUAGAGAUUGGGUGUAGGGGCUUCUGGCACCAUACUGUACCAGCUCUAUUUAACUACUUUGGAUUGGCGAAGAGGACGAAGAAUAAAGCCCUGAAUGAGGCUGCUUUGGUCGCUCUUCGAUGUUCCUAUACAAUCUGGUUAGCCCGCGACAACAAGAAAUGGUCUACCUGCUACGACAUCGCAAGGAGGCCAGAAGUCAUAAACUGUGAAAGCUGA